UUUGAUGAACUAUGAUCAAGCUGGGCGAGAGCAGUUCAGAGCUCGCAUGAGAUCACUCAAUCCAAAGGCGUUCGGGGCUCAUCCCGACGAGAACGAUCGCACCGUCCGCUAUACUCACGUGGAACGAUACCCUGGCGGGCCUGUUUGGUUUACUGUCCGUUGGUGGGCCGCCGGAAACCUCGGCACCUAUUUCGACUUGGUAGACGUCGCUACACGAAAGCUCUUCCUUCCGCAUCGCGAUCUCCCCGACCUCUUCGUACAGAUCGAGGCUUUGGGCGGCAUGAUGGCCGCGUGUACCAUCGAAGAAGCGAUGCGUCGUUCGCGCGGUGUGAGGAAGAUUCCUGGUGCGAAUGACGAUGAACGGUACUGUGCUCCUGAGGGUGCGAGGGUACUGUUCUCGAGGAUUUUGCCGGAUGGGAGGAAGGAUCCUGUCGCGGAUGUGUUUUCGCCUCGAGAGCGACCUAUCCCUCCUUUGGGGCCACAGCCGUUGAAUUUUUCACCUUUUGUUUCUUAGACUCAUUGACCUUCAUCAUUUGCUCUCCUUAUUUUUGCUCUGUGGUUGUGUUAUCAAAUUCUGGAUUCAAGAUUGCUGUGUCGUGCUUUCAAGCUCGCUUCCCUAGUCUCGUAAACUCAUUUAGUUUUACCAGCUCCU